UUUGAUGUUUGGUAAGCUAUUGGUGUAAUUGUUUGAUCGCUGACUCCAAUUACAUUGACUGAUCGACAUUUAUUAUUUUACUUAAUUGUCGAUGAUACAUGACUUAUUAGUAGUUUGCUUGAUAACAAUUGUCUAGUUAGAACUGCAUCUGCGUCCAUUUUAGACGUCAUUCAUGGCCGAGCACAAUGCUGUAAAAACUACUGCUGCCAAAGAAUCGGGAGGGAAAACAGUUGUAAUAGCUUUUGAUGGAAGUGAUUAUGCGAAACAUGCGAUGAAAUAUUUUGCAGAAACCAUCUACCUGCCAACAGAUAAUGUAGUUGUUGUGUAUUGUGUUGAACUUGGAGAUGUCAUUACAACAGAAAGAACAAUAUAUGGCUUAAGUCAAGCGGGAGCACAUAUCUCCAUCGAUCAUGGAGAACUCAAGGAUCUAAUCCAGAGGGAAAUAGGAAGAAUUAAGAAUAAGCUGGUAGAGUUUGCUGCUUAUAUGAAAGAAAUUAAGCUGAACGGCACAGUAAAGAGUACCCAUGCAAGUUCUCCUGGACUUGGAGUUAUACAUGUGGCAAAUGAAUUGAACGCUGAUCUUAUUGUAACCGGAAGUAGAGGUUAUGGUAGAUUCAGAAGGACAUUGCUAGGGAGCGUCAGUGAUUACAUAUUACAUCAUUCGUCUGUGCCUGUCAUGGUGGUCACAUAUCCGAAAGAUCACCAUCACCACCAUCACCAUCAUCACCAUAAACAUAAAGAAUAAUUUUGAUGCAAGAGAAAUAAGGCGACACAAGCGAUAUACAGACAAAUGUUAUCUCUUCACCUGUACUGAAAUGGUUUGAAGGAUUUCAUUGUAUAUUUUUAAAUUAUGCAAUUAUACACAAAUUCAGAUGUACAUCUCUCAGUUUGAUCUGAAACAACUAGGGCUCUUGGAUAUAGGUGGUGUUGGUGUUGAUUCCCUUAAAAGUUUUAUGUGUUUGGGUUCCGAACUUUUGUUCUCGAAGAACGCGGUGAAGGUUAUCUUAGAAACAUUAGUGUCAACACUUUAUUUUAGAAACAUUUGUACAUGUAUCAACACUUUAGUCGAUAUCUUGCGUUUAUUUCCAAACAUUUUCAAUGAUGUGACUACUAAUGAUCUUCUAGCACAAUUAAGUUAAAAAAGUAAUGACAAAUGCGUAUGGUGCGAUGACAUAUUAUUAAAUUGCAUGUUUCAAGCCAAAAGCUGAAAAUUGUUGAUAUGGACGUACAUACAUUAAAUGAAGUGUUCUCUAAAAACAAUUGUUUUACAUGAAAGCUUAGACAAAGUUACCGGAAUAGAGAUACAAAGAUACUUUAAAUACUACUAUUAUAUUAUUGUCUAUAAGCGUGGUCGAAAAAUCCUAGCUUUAACUGUUUCUCACCAUUGACAGACUUUAAUUAUAGAAUCUGGAUGUCUUUAAUCUAAGUGCGAUUAAUCUGACAGUAGAAACAAUUAAUGUCAACUUAAGAUUAUAUGUUCUUCAUAAAGAAAAUGAAAGCCAAUGCUGAAUACUAGUAUAUAUUUUCAUUAGGACUAUAUCAAAUCGUCAAUAUUUCUGAGUGAAUUACUUGGUGGUGUAUUUUCAUAUUUUGUCUGUCCUUUUUUUUUAAUUUAUUUAAUAACUAGACCGCUCUUCCAAUCAUAUUGAAUUUAAGAGCACCAAUGAAAUGAAGGUACGGUUAUUAUAAUAAAUAUUUGAUACCGGGCUCUACGUGCACGACAUAUUUUUUGCUUGGGGAGUUGCAAUCCAAUAUUUAAUCAGUCAUAUCGGUAAACUUGUCGAAUAAAAGGAGAUGGUGUGUAAUCGUCAAUGAGACAACAACCCAACAACAAUACUUUAAUUUAACAACAAUUAAGAAAAGUGGGUUCAAAUAGGCA